CAAUCUCGUACUAGCUUAUGUUUGGGAGAAGGUUCUGCUGAAUCUUAUACUUACUCUCUAAUACGUCCCCUCAAAUGAAAGCCAACCUAUAAGCUUGAAGUUUGCACAGACCCACCAUACAUUGUGCUUUAAUCAACUGUUAAUAUUAGGGGCCGUGGACAUUCGAACACACGACUACUUUGCCAAACCAGCUGUGAUACCAUGUCAUAAACCAGUUGGUCUCAAUAACUCGAAUUGUUGAGAGAAGGUUCUGCUAGAUUUUAUAGCACUCUCUAACAGCUUUUACAUUUGCCUGCCUCCUUCCACAGCUAAACCCAAAACUCUCCAACCAACAAAGUUCUCAACAAUGAACCCACUGUUACUCACAUUCCUCCUCUGCCUCCUCCCCUGUUUUUCAUCCAAAGACACAAUAACCUUCGACGAAUCUCUUGUAGAUGGACAAGUGAUUGUCUCCGGUGGAGAAAAAUUCAGCCUUGGAUUCUUCAGCCCUGGGUCCUCCAGCAAUCGCUACCUUGGAAUUUGGUUCACUCAAGUCUCCAUACAGACAGUUGUUUGGGUCGCCAACAGAGACAAUCCGAUCAACGAUACUUCCGGAGUGCUCUCGUUCGACCGUUCUGGCCGCGAUCUCGUCCUCUGGUGUUGCGCAGGAACGAACGCUACGACUAGUACCACUCUGUGGUCUGCAAAAAUCCCUGCUUCUUCUUCACCAGUCGUAGGUGGCAAGACAAUGGCUCGUCUAUUAGACACUGGAAAUCUGGUCCUUCUGCUUCAACAAGAACCCACAAAGGCUUCAGAUGCAAACAAUCUGGAGGUCUGGUGGCAGAGUUUUGAUCACCCAACAGACACCGUACUUGCAUCUAUGAAGUUGGGGUUAGACAGGAAAACUGGAAUCAAUAGGGUAAUUCGUUCAUGGAAGUCCCCUGACGAUCCAGCGUCAGGGGACACGUCCUACUACUUGGACCCAAAUGGGUCGCCUCAGUUGAUGUUAUACAAAGGUCGGACGAAAAAAUGGCGGAGUGGGAUGUGGAAUGGCAUACGGUGGAGCGGGGUUGCAUACAUGUCGCGUGGUUUUACUUCAAUCUUCAACACAAGCGUCGUCAAUGACGACAAUGAGUCGACUGUCGUUUGGGGAGUGACUGAUCCCACUAUCAUUUUUAGGAUCUACACGCACCCCUCGGGAAACGUGAGGCGAGCCACGUGGAAUGCUCAGCGCGGUGAGUGGUUCGAGUCGUUUUACAUGCCCAAGGACCCGUGCGACUACUACGGACAGUGUGGGCCGAAUGGGAACUGCGAUCCGAAUAGAGAUGCAGGGGAGUUUGUGUGCAGUUGCAUUCCGGGGUUUGAGCCCAAGAUUUUGGCUGACUGGUCAAUGAACGAUGGGUCGAGCGGGUGUGUGAGGAAGCGGUCGAGGAAUUCGAGUUGUGGCCGGGAUGGUGAAGGGUUUUUAAAAUUGGAAAAUGCUAAAGUUCCCGAUUCAAUGACGGGACGAUUGAACAAGGGUAUGGAUUUGGACAUGUGUAGACAAGAGUGCUUGAAAAACUGUUCUUGCACGGCUUACGCGAGUUCUGACUUGGCUAGUGGAAUUGGAUGUGUGACAUUGUAUGGGGAUUUGCUAGAUACGAGAGUAUUUGCUGAUGGUGGUCAGGACUUGUACGUGCGGGUGGACGCAAUCGAGCUAGAUGAGUACAUGAACAGUUUGAGAGGACAUGCAGACACAAGGAAGAGGACGAUGUUACCAAUUGUGUUGGUUUCUGUGACUGCGGCGAUCAUUUUGAUUAUCUCCAUUGUCUAUUGCCUUCUAAGAACCAAAAGGAAAGGAAACAAUGGAGGGUCCAACGGUAUCAGCCAAGUGACCAUCUUUUCUAUCAAUGAUAUAUUUACUGCCACGGCAAAUUUCUCCUUAGACAACAAACUUGGACAAGGUGGUUUUGGCUCUGUUUAUAAGGGUCGGCUGCUAGAUGGACGAGAGAUCGCAGUCAAAAGACUGUCCAGAACAUCAAGGCAAGGUAUAGAAGAAUUCAAGAAUGAAGUGCAGUUAGUGUCCAAACUCCAACACAACAAUUUGGCAAGGCUGUUUGGUUGUUGCGUUCACGGAGAGGAGAAGAUGUUGGUCUAUGAAUACUUGCCAAACAAAAGCCUCGAUUUCUUCAUCUUUGAUAAGAUAGAAGGGACGGGGUUGGAUUGGAAGACACGAUUCAAUAUCAUUAUUGGAACUGCUCGAGGGCUAUUGUAUUUACAUCAAGACUCCAGGCUAAAAAUUAUUCAUCGAGAUCUGAAAGCUAGCAAUGUUCUACUUGAUGCCACAAUGAACCCCAAAAUUUCAGAUUUUGGGAUGGCUAGAAUGUUCAAACAUGAUCAAAUUGAGGCAAACACAAACAGAGUUGUCGGAACCUACGGAUACAUGGCACCUGAGUAUGCAAUGGAAGGUCUAUAUUCAAUGAAAUCAGAUGUCUACAGCUUUGGAGUCAUGACACUUGAGAUAGUGAGUGGUAGAAGAAGCAACCAUUACAAUCAAGAGAGUUCAUCACUUGGGUUGAUUGAUCUUUCGUGGGACAUGUGGAAAGAAGGAAAAGCGUUGGACGUGAUGGAUUCAUCAACCAUAGGCUUGGAAUCCUACUUUAAAGAUCAGGUGAUGAGAUGCAUUCAGAUUGGCCUGUUAUGCAUCCAAGAAUCUCCAAAAGAUCGACCGACCAUGUCAAACGUUGUCUUCAUGUUAGUAAACGCAACUAGUGUUCUUCCAUCUCCCAAGAAACCAGCAUUCAUCUCCAAAAGGAAAUUCGUCGAUCCAAACUCAGCAGCGGCCGCAGCUGGACAAACCGUUCCUUCCAUCAAUAAUGUGUCGAUCACCGAUUUGGAAGCUCGAUGAUGCUUAAAGCUGUAUGAUCUUCAUAACUAUGCAACUUUCACCAUUCGCCAUGAGUAGAAAAAUUCAGAUCCUAAAUCUCUACAUGACUACAUAUUAUUCGACGAAAAAAAGUGGUUGUUUUAUUUCUGAAUUCAUGUAUGAGAUGGACUUGGGUAUUUUAUUCGUUCUGUUUGCUACAUGUUGCUGGGCUUUGCUUAAGUGGCUACAGUAUUAAUUAAGCAUUAAUACUAGUGAUUAGGGACAAUAAUAACACAUACAGACUCCCAGUUGGGAACAAAAGGGAGCUUUACUCUUACACGAACAGGUACUCUUGUACCCACUACAAUCUGCGUCGCACGUGCAUCCACCGUCGCCAUUCAGUCGCCGGACGUUCGCCGGCCGGUACAUCUUCGGUGGUGUUUUCCCUUCAUCAUGUCCACCACCACCGGCCUCCGUUCCUUGCACAAAUAACGUCACUGCAUGCAUGCGAACAAAUCAUUCCUUUUUUAUGUUGGUUAAUCAAGCUGAGCCAUUUUACUAUGCUCUAAAGUAUGUGUGCUUUAAUGUACAACUUGAAUUUGUACCAUAACGUUAAAGGUAUAAGUUUAGGUUGUACCAUAAAGGAAUUUGUACCCUUGUGUUAUGGUACAACUUUACAACUUAAAGUUGUACCAUCACAUAAAUGUACAAGUUCAAGCUGUACCAUGAAAAAAUUUGUACAAAAUAGUAUAGGUACAAUCUAAAAUUGUACCAUAACGUUAAAGGUAAUAACUUCAAGUUAUACCAUAAAGGGAAAAACCUAUAGCACCAAUGCUAUAUAGCAUAGUAAAAUUCCUCUAAUCAAGAUACGUUACGCGGCAGCGGUACAUUUUCUCACUAAAUAGUUUAGGAGUAAUUAUUACCAUAAUUUGCUAUACCCUAAAUUCUAAUGGCCAAACCAUCAACUCUAAUUACGAUCAAAAGCAACAGACGAGAUAUAUAUAACUCGUCGAAGUACAUUCAAAUGCAUCGAGCAACCACCAGACCACUCGGAGUAUUGGAUAUACUCUAAGAAUAUGCUAAUAACCUUCACAUAUCGCCACACAUAUUGUACCUUUGGUUGAUAUACGGUCGGUGAAAACGAUUGAAAAAAAAGUUACGAUCCGGCAGGUAAGGAGAUUUAAGUUUAAUUCCAAGAUGUUGGCCUAGUAGUAAUUAACAAAAUAUCCAUCGCGCUCUAAAUUCGAAUCUUGUAUAUAAAAAGAAAAGAAAUUAGACUUACGCAGGAAGACCACGAGCAAUGCGGUGCACACACCAGACUGGAUUAAUGUAGUUUGCUUGGCCAUGUUAGGAAUGUAUCGAUGCAAGAAGGUAAGAAAUCAAAGAUAGAUGGAUCGAUCUAUAUAUAUAUUGAUAGGAGAAAGGUUGAUGGCUUUGUCCUUCCAAAUCCCUUGUUUUGGUCACAUAAAUAUGUUUUAGAGACGUACGUCUUCAAACGUGCACCUUGAAGCUUCUUUGUAGAAUCGGCGUGAGUUCGUCACGAAACUCUAUCCAUAUAAAAAAAACAAGACGCAAAAAGCCAAGUUGUGUUAGUUGUUUUAUACCAAAGAAACUAUAUUGAAUAUGAUUUGGCCGGCUGAAAGGAAUAAGGUUACGUGCAAAAU